GUGUCUGUCAAAACAUUUUGUAAAUAAAGAUAAAAAAACCUAAACGUAAACUAAUAAGAAAAAAUUCUUGUGUGACAUUUCCAUUAACAUUUUGCCCAUUUGGAAAGUCGAAAACAACUCGGAAAUGGCCCAGAACAAUGACAACUGGUUUGGUUCUUGGUUAUCGGCUGCCAAGAAUAAAAGCUGUGAAGUCCUGGAAUUUGUCAAGAAAGAUCUUGAGGAGUUUGGCAAUGUUGUCAAAACUGAAGCCACCAAUGUUGUUACCUCAACAGGAACAGCAAUUGAGAAAACCUUGAAGUUGGAUGAACCUGAAUCAACUGCUAGCUCAAUGAAAAGAAGUUUUAGCUCAUUCUUAGGUCAAAUGAAUGAAGCAUUAAAUCCAAGUUUAGAUGAUUCAGAUACUGAUGUUAUUAUGAUUGUGAAAGGAAAUGAAACAGUAAAAUUAACGAAAUUGCAACAAGCGCUUUACGAACUUCAAAAGGACGAAUUAACAUUCAUCCAAGAUCCAGAUCCGUCUAUGAAGAAGCAGUACGAAUAUUGGCUGGAAAUUAUAGAUGAUCAAUUGUCCGAAGAUCGGCUGAGCAAGCAUAUGUUGAGUUCGCUCACUUUAAAAAAUCAGUACAUAAGUCUCGUUCCAUUGAAAGUCGGGCAUGAAUUAUUUUGGAAACGGUACUUAUUUAGGAAGGCUUUAUUGGAAGAUGACUUUGCAAGGCUAGAGGCCUUAGAGAAACGGGAUUCUAAAUUGAAAGAAGUAACAGAGGAUACAGUGAACUGGGAAGAAGAAGAUUUUUCAAAAGAUAUUUCUUUAUCAGAGGAGGAGCAGAUCAAAUUACUAGAGCAAUAUGAAAACGAGACAAAAGAGAAGGAGGAGCAACGCAAACAGAGCGUUGAUAAUAAAAAGGAUCAGGUAGAUGAAGAUGUUAUAUUCGAGGCGAAUACCAACACUACACCAACCAGGAAGAAGGAGACCAAUAAGAAGAGCGGAGGAGGAAAGAAGAAGAAACAGGUGGAGGUGGUUAAAGGAUCUCCGACAAGCAGCAGUAGCAGCACUGAUGGUGACUGGGAGAAAAUAUCCGAUACCGAUAAGUAAAACGUGCCCUUAAGCACGUUUUCGUUGUGUUAAACAAGCAUAGUUAUAUUGAUUCUCGUCCAGGAGAUAAACCAAGAUAUACAAUAAUUACUUUUUUUAUCGAAAUGGCUGUGCUCGACAUGGUGCUGGCUCUUAACCCUCCUACAGAGACAGCGUAAAUUAACAUUAUUUGCCUUUCACUUGUUCUUUAAGACAGACAAAUCAAACAAAAAAAAA